GCCAUACGUACUCGCCAAGGACUGGAGCUUUCCAGGCACAGAACCGCAGUUGAGCGCGCGCGGAGCUUUUAAUGAUCUCCAUACGACCACCUGGUUAUAGAAACUAGACUGCCUGCUGAGCCUGUUACGCAUCUACGCAGUGUACCGGCGAGGAUUAGACUUUGGCAUCAAUCAACUCCGAGUCGGUCCGCCGGAUAGACCAAGCCAUUUUUGUGCGGCACCUACACCCAGAUAUGCUUAUUAUAAACGGUGCUCUUCGGUCGGCUCUCCCCCGACUCUUCUCUCAUGGCGAACUGGGUAGCAUCUGCACUCCUGGGAGUGGCCAACUCCUGGUAUUUCCGGCGCUAUGAGCCUACGAACGCCCAUUCACCGAUCCUCGCGAUCCUGAUCCAACCUCCCCUGGCCCUAUUUCUUAUUUCCAUCCAAACCGGUGCAUCGGUGCUCACCUGGACCGCAUUGGGCUGCAUGUAUGCGGGACUCAUCGCUGCUCUACUUCUGUCUAUCACGCUCUACCGUGUCUCACCCUGGCACCCACUGUCCGCCGUCCCUGGUCCGGUGGGGUACAAGAUCUCGAAGCUAUGGACUCUACGUGAUGUGGCGAGGGGAGAUAUGCACCGGGUGGUCCGGCAGAUGCACGAGAAGUACGGGCCUGUUGUACGGACAGGUCCAAACGAGGUGUCGAUCGCGCACGUGGACGCGGUGAAGCGCGUGCUAGGGACGUUCUCCAAGGGACAGUACUACGAGGCACGCUAUGAUCCGUCCCUAGGCACGCGCUCGCUGCUCAUUCUGCGCGGCGAGGCGCAUACGAGCCGGCGGCGGAUCUGGAAUCGCGGAUUCAACUCAGAUGCGAUCGCGGGCUACGAGGCGAUGAUGGGCCGCCGUGUCUCACAGCUCCUCGACAAGCUCAGAGAGCAAGUGAAGUCUGGAGCGCCCGUGAGCAUCUCUUCCUGGCUUGGAUUUUUCACGUUCGACUUUAUGGGCGAUAUGGCAUUCGGUGGAGGGUUCGAGAUGCUUCGUGACGGAGGAGACAAAAACGGGCUGUGGAAGAUCAUCGAGGACGGGGCUCGAAACGUCGCCUUUCUCUCUCAGAUACCUUGGAUCGCGCCGAGCUUGAUGUUGAUUCCGAAUCUGUACAAAGGCCUCGUUACUCUCCGUCGCUUUGGGGUCGAUUCUGCUACGAACCGGGUCAAUGCCGGCUCGAGUGUCAAGGAUUUGUGGUACCAUCUGACCGACGAAGCCGAGCUAGAAAAGCAGCGGCCGAGUUUCCGAGAGGUCGUGGCGGAUGGUGUAUUGAGCAUCAUCGCGGGUUCCGACACUACUUCGACGGCACUAAGCGGCUUUAUCUGGCUCCUACUGUCUCACCCUGAGGUCUACAAACGACUGCAGGCGGAAGUCGACAGUGUGUAUCCGAAAGGCGAUUCGCCGCUCGACUCGUCCAAGCACAAGCAGCUGCCGUUCCUCACCGCAUGUCUAAGCGAAUCGCUCCGGCUUGUUCCUCCAGUUCCUUCCGGCGGCCCUCGGCGGGUUCCUAGCAAUGGUGGCCGUGUUAUCGCGGGACAAUACAUCCCCCCAAACACGCAGAUCUACGUCCCGCAGUACACGCUCCACCGAUCCGCCGACAACUUCCACGACCCCGACGCCUUCCGGCCAGAGCGCUGGCUGCCGGGUGGCGCCGGGCCGGACCAGAUCCACAACCCGCUCGCGUUCAUCCCGUUCUCGUUCGGCUCGGCGAACUGCGUCGGCAAGCACCUCGCGAUGCGGGAGAUGCUCACGGUCGCCACGGCGUUGGUGCAGACCUUUGACAUGCGGUUUGCAGAGGGCUUCGCGUCGGGGGAGUGGGCCGGCAAUCUGCACGAUGUGUUUGUGACGAGUAUCGAGAUGCCGUUGAUGGUUGAGAUGACUGUUGAGAAGCUCGAUGAACUCAUCGUCUCUUUCUUCCGCGUAAACUUUUCUUUUUUGGACUGGGAAAUCAAAUACGAAUGGCUGCAGGAUCCCGAUUAUGCGGUCAAAUUUGCGCUGCUGCUCAUGGCCCACUCGACGCUCAUCCCGAUCUGGACGACAUCUGCGCUCAUGGGCGUGGUCAACCAUUUUUAUUUCCGGCGCUACGAGCCCACGAACGCGCAUCGACCUGCCCUCGCAAUCCUGCUCCAGCCGCCCCUCGCCCUCUUUCUGCUGUCCCUCAAAACAAGCGCAGCGCUCACCUGGACCGCAUUGGGGUGCAUGUAUGCGGGAUUCAUCUGUGCUCUGCUCUCGUCCAUCACGCUCUACCGUGUCUCGCCCUGGCACCCGCUGUCUGCCGUCCCAGGUCCGAUGGGGUACAAGAUCUCGAAGCUGUGGAUUUUGCGCGACGUUGCGAGGGGAGAUAUGCACCGGGUGGUCCGGGGGAUGCACGAGAAGUACGGGCCCGUUGUGCGGACAGGUCCAAACGAGGUGUCGAUCGCGCACGUGGAUGCGGUGAAGCCCGUACUCGGGGCCCUCCCCAAAGGCCAAUACUACGAGGCCCGCUACGACCCGUCCCUCGGCACGCGCUCGCUGCUCAUCCUGCGCGGCGACGCGCACACGAGCCGUCGACGCAUCUGGAACCGUGCCAUGAACUCAGAUGCGGUGGAGGAGUACACAGCGACCAUGCGCCGCCGGGUGUCGACGCUGCUGCAGAAGCUCGAGGCGCAGUCGCUGACCUCUGCGUCGACCGACCUUUCCUCUUGGCUGGGAUAUUUCACCUUCGACUUCAUGGGGGAUAUGGCAUUCGGCGGUGGAUUCGAGAUGCUUCAGGAUGGCGGAGACAAGAACGGGCUCUGGGAGGUCAUCGAGAACGGAGCUUGGUCUCUGGCAUUCCUCUCCCACAUUCCUUGGCUGUCCCACAGCGUCAUGCUGCUGCCAGGUGUCCAGGGGGGACUCAUGAAACUCCGUCGGUUUGGGGUGGCCUCUGCGACAAAUCGUGUCAACGCUGGUUCGCGGGUCAAGGACUUGUGGUACCACCUUACUGACGAGGCCGAGUUGGAGAAAGAGCGGCCGUCUUUCCGCGAAGUCGUAGCGGACGGUGUGUUGAGCAUCAUCGCCGGCUCCGACACCACGUCCACCGCCCUGAGCGGGCUUUUCUGGCUGCUGCUGUCUCACCCGGACGCCUACAAACGAGUGCAGGCCGAAGUCGACGGCGUGUAUCCGCGCGGGGACUCGCCGAUGGACCCGAGCAAGCACAAUCAGCUGCCGUACCUGACUGCGUGUCUGAACGAGGCGCUCCGGCUUCUUCCGCCGGUACCCUCCGGCAGCCCGCGCAAAGUCCCCGGUGACGGCGGCGGGAGAGUCAUCGCCGGACAAUACAUCCCUCCCGACACGCAGGUAUAUGUCCCCACGUACACGCUCCACCGGUCUGCCAAGAACUUCCAUGACCCUGACACUUUCAGGCCAGAGCGGUGGCUGCCCGGUGCCCCCGGCGCAAACCAAAAUCACAACCCGCUCGGGUUCAUCCCGUUCUCGUUCGGCUUCGCGAACUGCGUCGGCAAGCACCUCGCGAUGCGGGAGAUGGUCAUGGUCGGCGCCGUGCUGGCGCAGACGUUCGACAUGCGCUUUGCCGAUGGAUUUGCUGCCGAGGAGUGGACUGAGCAUUUGCAUGAUGUAUUCGUGACGAGUAUUGGGAUGCCACUGCUGGUCAAGCUGACCAAGAGAACGUGAGUGCAUAGCGAUCCGCGUUUCCGCCUGGUUUCCCACGGUUGGGGUAGCACGUGAAUUCGAUGACUACCUGUUCCCACGGUUCAUCACUACUAGUAAACAUUAGUCUCCACUACCGUACACCCCAAGCACAGAAUCCUGCAUACGAUGCCGCUGCCCGUGGAAAUCGCGCUUUUCUGAGACAUCGAUAGUUUUGCCUU